AUGCCGCCCAAGAAGCCCAAACAGGCGCGCUUUGAUCUCCCGCCUGUUAAAGACCGUCCAGCUCCACGCCCGGCGCGCAAAAAUGGCGGUGACUCGGACCCUAAACCCCCGUCUACCAUCCCCCGGUCUGGCUCUGCCGACACCGACAUGUACCCGGUUCACCCAGAGAAUUACCUGGAUGGUGUCAGAGAGUGCACUAUGUAUGAUCUGAUCAUGGUUGAUAUUCCAGCUCCUCCUAUUUUUGGCAGAGCCAUGACCGUGUCCAAGUCUACUCGGGACCCCACUGAGGCGGACAUCGAUAUCCAGAGGGGCGACUCGUCGCUGCAGGUCAUCGUCCAAGCUCAAGAUCUCGCCAGGCAGUACUUCCCCGCGACGAAAGCUUUACUCAAGCGCAUCAUAAUCAAAGACCUGACAACUGUUGAAGAUUAUGACAUUGCUGCUCAAAUAUGCCCCUCACUGACCAAAAGAGGUUCUCCACCAGUAAUGCAUUCCGAGAAGGACACCGAGCGCCUGAAUCGCGAUAUGUUUGACAACCCCGCGAAUUACAUUCUUCGAUACCUCCUCACUCACAACGAUAGUAACGGCAUGCCAUUCACCUCGAGCACUGUUGACUUGACAGAAUUCGAACAAAAUAUCACACUCCCUUACGUGUCAUCCGCCCCCGGUGCUUAUUUCGACCCUUCUGGCGUGUCCCGUCAGAUCAUUCCGGACUCAAUCCACGUUCUCAGACUGCUGGACCACCCUAAGGACCCCCAUCAGGGUCAGACCUAUCCGAAGGCUUUUGUGGUCCGAGAGGACAAGACUCACCAUGUUAUUCAUCACCAGAAAGAUCUUGACCCUCUCCGAGAGUUUCGCGUCGACCGAAAGCAUAUCCCGGCAUUAUGGAAGCGUGAUGAUGAUGAUGAUAGCGUUCCGGGCUUACGGUUUGUCUCUCCUGUCACCAUAACUGAAGGAAGAAAGAUGGAUGCCGGUGCGAAGAUGCUGUUACAAGUCUACACACAAAGCGGAGUCUACGGUACCGAGUUCCAUAUCCUGGGGUCAUUCGAGUCGACUACGUUUGUCUAUGAAGACAAGCCGAACAACACUAGUUAUUUCUCACCUUCGUACGGGAAAGGAAUGCCGGCUUUAUUGGCGCAUGUGUCUUGGGUCCUUGCGGCCUCCGGCCGAUUCAAGGAUAUGUUUCCCCCCGUUCCUGCUUUACCCGAGGUGGAUACAUCCUGGUGGACGCGGCCGAUGAAACAGCACAAGAUCGCCGGCUUGGUCCCAUUCAAAAAGGCGGAAAUCGUUCUGGAGGGCGGCACUGUCAAGGAAAAGGCGACGUUCUCAGAUUCCAUACUUCAACUCAGGAAUAAGCAGUCCAAUACCGGUCGCUCUACAGCGGAAGAAAAGCUCCGCACUUUGUCGAUAAAAUUUGAGAAGAUUCAAUUGAUGUAUCAAGAUGUCAUACAAGAAGUUGCGGAAGCGGAAAAAGAGGUGGAAGCGGAGCAUUUGGGAAAAGUGAACGAGGAGGCUGUGGAGGCUGUGGAGGACGAGGAAGAGGAGGAAGAUGACGAGGAAGAGGGUCAGGAGGUGGAAGACGGUGGGGAAGCUUCUUGUGAUCACGACGGACGCUGA